AUGACACGACCCAAGACGUCCAGUAAAGCAGCGCUCGAGCGCCAGCGCGCCCACGACCGUCUCAUGAAGCGGCAAGCCCGCGUCGCGUACCUCGCUGAGCGUGCGGCGCUGCAAGACGCCUACGUGGCGCUCACCUCUCGAUUCUACGCCCUCCGAGGGACGAUGCUGCCGUGGGAAGAGGUGGCAGCGGCGCUCCGGGACGCGCGUGAGGCCGCCGACAACGACAACCGCGACCUCCAGCACCGCGUCCGCCUAGCCCGCUUAAUCACGACGCGCUUGCAGCACUGGAUGAGCACCAUGUCCGCACCGACCACCACGAGCCUCUCGACCAAUGGUUGGACCAACGUGACACUCCUGCAAGACAUCGAGAUGCGUCAGCUGGGUUUGGAGUGGAUUCAAAAACAGCUUUAUCACAGCGCGAGCAGCCACCUCGCACCGUCCGUGUUUCCCCACGCGUACGAAGACUCGGUCAAAGUCGAGUGGGGUCAUCGCGGGCGCAAGAUCGUGCUCCAAAAAGUUGUACAAGCAAGUCCGCAAAUCGUCGCCGCUGCGCUCUGGGCUGUCAACUGCGCGUCGACCGGCGAGCUUUUCCCCGGUGUCCACACGGCCAACAUUCGGGUCCUCCAUCAAGCGCAGGAUGGGGACGGUCGGCUGAGCUACAGCGUCGACGAGACGGGCAACUCGAAAGGCACAAGCCUCAAGAUUUGCCAUGCGCGCUUCAACGACAACAACGACCGCAUCCUCGUCGCGUAUCGCUCCGUCACGAUCGACGACACGUACCCCGACGUUUUGGACCCGGACGAGUACCUCGAGUGGUACAAUGACUGA